UACUGGUACCAAAGAGCGCCAGACUCAAGAGAAGCGGAACACCGCGCGACAACAAUGCUACAGAUAACGAGAAAUUGAAUCAUGUACACAUGAUCGCACUGUGGCCUCAAGUGGCUAUAACAUCUCGACUGCUCGAAGGGCUGCUAUUCCUAAGACCAAGGAAGCUUGCGAUGCGUAUAGAUCGCAGAAGAACUAAACGCGAAUAUCGCAGCCGAAGGCAUAAAUAUGGAUAUUACUACCGAUGGACCGGAUGGUAAUCACCAAGUCCACUUACGACGUCGGACGUGACCUAACUUCUUACGUAUAGGAGUCAUGCGUCGCCAUGUUAUACGAGGUAUCGCAGAGUCAAUACCGGAGUCAACGAGCUCA